AUGACUAUUGCCGACUUAUUUGAAAGAUGCGUUUGCUUCAUCAACGCGCUUCCCAAAACUGAAGUAUUGUCUUUGCAGGAUAAAUUACUUUUAUACAAGUACUUUAAGCAAGGCACAAUUGGAAACUGUAACAUAGGUGCACCAAGCCUGUUUAGACUUCAGGAAAGGAAAAAAUAUGAAGCAUGGAAAUCAAUUGAAAAUUUGAGCAAAGAAGAAGCACAGAAGAAGUAUGUCGAAACGGUUCAGAACUUGUACCCAGAUUGGGCAAUGGCAACAUAA